AUGGCGGACGUGGACGAGAGCCACGAGGACAUCGAUUCCCCACAGAGAUCGUGCUUGAAGCUCCAAGAACCGAGCCCGGACGAACCGCUUUCCUGUUGGGGUUCUCUGAUGUAUACUGCGCAAUGGUACACUCAGAAGGUUGUUCGGACGGUGACCAACGUUCACAAAUCGGUUGUCGAACCAUACGAAAUCUACGACUCGAUCGUCAGAGAAAUCCUAACCAGUCGCCUGCUGCUCCCUGAGGAUCGAGCAUACGUCGAAUCCGUAUUGACAUCGGAGGUCAACUUGGCCACCGUCGACGAAGAGCGGAAAUGGCCAGAAACGUAUCGGAGGCACUGCUUGGUGUCGACGUUGGCGGUAUUCGCCAUACUACUCUGUCUUCGUAGGAGUUCAAAAAUCCAGCUGCUAUCGUUGGUGACAGCAUUGGGUUUGACAGCGUCGAAAUUCCUCUCGGUGUCCAUGUUGAAACUGAGCGUUCUCCAGCUGACGCCGAUCCAGUCAAUGCAAAGCUGUCUCCUGAAGUGGGCGCUGGUCCAGAUCAAAGACGACGAAUCUCUUCAAGCGGGCGGGAGCCACGGCCACGCGAGUAGCUCACGACAGCCCGAAUCCACCGCACUCGUCGAGAUCGAGACGAUCGCGCGAGCCGAUUCGAAACUCUUCGCUCGCACCGUGUUCGAGACCAUUCAGUCGGAAUGCCUGUUGUGGCAGGCCGUGACGCGGGACAUCCGCACGGCCAUUCUCGAAGACGACGUCGAGCUGAUCAUGCCGGUUGGCCUGGACGACUGCCGCGUUUCUUGUCCUAAGCUGUUCUGUCAACCGGAGAGCAUCGAAGAAAGCACCGACAACUACAGUUACGGAGCCGUGCACUCGUUAAAAACGCUGAACGAUCUCCAUCGUUCCGAAUGUCUGAGGAAUCUCUGUCUGGGUCUGGUGCAGAGAUGCGCCCUGAGCAUGAAAUCGGUGUUUCUGUGCAAGAAGGCCUUGGAAAGCGUCGUCGCGCUCCAAGGUAAAAAAUACGACUUCCUGUGCAGACAGUACUCCGAGCUGAAAGCGAAGCAGAGCUCUCUGUUCACUAGACUGAACACGCAGUUGAAGAACGGCAACAUCAAGUCAAAGUAUUCCGACUGUGAUGUGUCCGUGCGAAUGCUGUGCACAAAUCUCGAACGAUGUCUCCAGUUGGCGACUGCGAUCCAUUACGAAAUCCAGGAGGGGCAAGACCAGAGCAGCGCUCUGUCGGUGGACGCCAUAAAUGAAAUGAUCGAAAUCCUCAACGGGAACCUUACCCAGAGCGUGAGCUUCAGCGCCGAUCUCCAGGUACGGGUUACUUCGAAGAGGACACCGAAGCCAACCACGCCGAGGUCGGCCUCGAGGCAUGCCAGCAUCGAGAGCCAUCCGGAGACCCCGGUUGUGGACCUCGCAAGUCUGCCGAGCGAGCCGGCAUUCGAUGAAGUGUACGUCGGCAAGUCGGAUUGUUCAACGAGAAAUGAUGAAGUCGACUGCUCGAGGGAUCUUGACGACAGAGAAGCGUGCGGUGCAUCUCUGGCGCCACCGGUUCUAAACCAGCUCAAGGAUGUUUUGAAGUUGAAAGAGGCGGAACGAAUCACUCGGGAAGCGGCGGCGAUGAAGCGAUUAGGACUUGAAGAACCCUCGUCUUCUUCGUCGGAGGACGAUGAGGACACGAUAGAGAACGAGCCAAUGUUACGCAGUGUCGGCCACACUGGGUUCGAAGCUUCGCUCGCGGCUCAGGUUGCGGCUCGCGCCGCUCUGGCUGCUGACGAUUUUGUUUACGAUAGUGAUGAAGACAAUGACUGAAAACCACCAUGUUGUUUGUUCAUAAAUCGUGCGCUAUAUACGGCAUACAUAAAAAGCUAUUGUACA